AUGUCAACAACAAGCCUUCGUGAAUCCGAGGUCUUUACCUCCGCUCGUCUCGUAGCAAGCGACUGCAAACUGCCUCCAAACGACAGAUACGGAGAAUACUAUCCCACUGAUCCCAAGAAUCUUAAGCUUGAAUCUAACUUCGGGCCCAUGCUCCCGGAAAAGAUCGGAUAUCUCCAGCCCACAUCGAAGGACACCCCGAUUGAGGUCAUGCGAGAGAGACUUAUCCGUGAUGGGUAUCUAUUCGUCAAGCAGCUGCUCCCACGAAACCAAGUCCUAGAAUGCCGCAGCAACUAUUUCUCAUACAUGGCCCCCUCUGGCCUUCUCAAAGAAGGAUCCGACCCAGUCGACGGGAUCUUCAGUGACAAGGAUAGCCGCAAGUUUUUACCUCCGGGCAACCUCCGACGGCUCUUCGGGCUGAAGGACGACUACGAGUCGGAGAAAUAUCUGGACUUGAUGAUCAAGGCGCACGAGGAGCGAUUUUAUCUUCAAUUAUGCGAGAGUACCGAACUGCGUGAAUUUAUCCACAAACUCACUGAGUGGAAAGAUAUCACUAUGCUUCAGCGGACAAUGCUUCGUGCCUUUGUGCCCGAUAGCGAGCUGACCCCUGUUCAUUUCGAUCAGAUGUACCUUCGCGCGGGUCCCCCAACCAGCAUUACAGCGUGGGUCCCGAUCGGAGAUAUUUCCCUUGAGGGCAGCGGGCUAAUGUACCUUGAGAAAUCGGUUGAUAUCGGUCGACAGACCGAGGAAGAGUUCACCAGGAAUGCAACAAAUCUGACGGAUGAGGAGCGGGUCUCGGCCUUCAAUAAGAAUAUGAAUGAUGGGGGUUUUCUCAGUCGUGAUACGGUUGCGUAUGGCGAAAACGCCAAGCGUAAGUGGUUGAUCACGGAAUAUGAAGCUGGUGAUGUGAUCUUCCAUGACCCCUUCCUGGUACAUGCCAGCUGCAAGAACAAGGACCCUGAAAGGAGGAUUCGACUGGCUACUGAUCUGAGAUUCGUGAACUCUAAUGAGCCGUAUGAUAAGCGCUGGAUGAAGGUCUGGCGUCCACUUGAUGGGCUGUGA